AUGAGAGCUAAGCGAAGCCACCAAGCCAUCAGCAUGUCCACGUCGCUACGAGUGAGCCCCUCCAUCCACGGCUACCACUUUGACACAGCCUCCCGCAAGAAAGCCGUGGGAAACAUCUUUGAAAACAUAGACCAGGAGUCACUACAAAGGCUCUUCAGGAACUCUGGAGACAAGAAAGCAGAGGAGAGAGCUAGGAUCAUCGCCGCCAUAGAUCAAGAUUUGGAGGAGAAAACACGAGCCCUGAUGGCCCUGAAGAAGAGGACGAAAGACAAGCUUUUCCAGUUUCUGAAACUGCGCAAAUAUUCCAUCAAAGUUCACUGAGGAGUACAGGACGGAUAAGGACAUUAUCUGAGAACGGACAUUUAAAGAGCAAGUGAGUUUGUGAGACGCUAACAUGCUGCAGUUGGUGGCUGGCCGCCUUGCAAGCUUCUCUGCCAUCAGGACUCUGCGGCUGGAGAGACACAGAACAAACCGGCUACAGGACCACAGGCAGUUUCCUGCCGGUGCUGCUCCAGUGCAAAGCACAGCGCUGUCAGCAAGGACUGCAAACUGUCCGUGCAGGAAAGGCCCAGAGCCCGCAGAAGUCUGGACAGAUGUCAGGAGAACUGAAGAUGAGAGACGGCGGGGGAGGCACCGGGGGAGGCAUGCCUCCGGGGUGGCUCUGUCAGGCCCGGGCGCUGAUGUUCAGGCUGAACUCUUUUUGUUUUGUUUUUAACCAAACUGAGUAGGAGGGAAGAGGGUGAGGGAGAACAGGGAAAGAGAAUACCACCAGGCAUAAAUCGUUUACUGAAUGGUUUUAUCUGAAUGUUAAAAAUGUUGCCAAGCCCUAAUGUUGCCUAUUGGUGUAGAUUUUUAGAGGUCAGUAAUUGAUUACUUAUUUGCAUCUGUUACAAAGCCUGAAAACGUGCACCACAUAGGUGAUAAGUACAAAUUCAAGAAACUGCAAUAACCUCAGCAGCUCACGUAAAACCGUCGUCCACUCUUUGGUUUGUAAAGGAUUUUUAUACAUUUCAAACAGGUUGCCCAAAAGUUAAAAUAAUGGGGUCUUUCGUAAAUCCAAACUACUGUGAAAAAGUUUUAUAAUGUUUUUAUCUUCUAAUGCUACAAUAUAAUCUAAUUAAAUUUUUAUAGUUUCUGCAGUAAGCAUUAGAAAGUAAAUAUGAUACACUAAAUAGUUUAUAAAGAUGCUGUGGUUUCUAUAAUUUAUUAUACAUGGCAACUGAUAUGUAACCAUAUAAAUUAUUAGAAACUUAGCUUCUCUUGGUCUGUGUUGCUUGGUCUUAAAGAAAAAAUGUAAGAUGGUAAAUUUUGAUUAUUAUAAACUUUUCUAAAGAUUUUACUCUAAGAAUAAAAGAUGCUUUUAAAGUAGCUUUACAUUAAUCAUCAAACCUUUUCAAAACAAAUUCUUACAUCAGAUAUCCAGGAAUUUUCUCUGUCCUAACUUUAAAAUAAGAGAUAUAAAUAUAGAAACUCAUAGAUUGACUCAUCAAUGUUGCUGUCUAUAUGUCCUUUAGGGGUGAGUUUUAAAAGACUUUCUGUUUAUAUUUUUGAAUUUUUUCCUCUGUGACUACAGUAGCUAUGUACAUGUGUACAUUUAUUUCUCCCAAAAUAAUAUAUUUGGGGGUUAGAGUCUAAAUUAUGAUCAAGAUUCUGUGGAUUAUCACUGUUUACUUGAUAUAAACCUAUAUGGGAAUAGCAUUACCAUCUCUUUCUUAUUUCCUCAUAAUAUUAUAAUAAAAUAUUUCUUAGAAGGCA